AGGUAUGCCAAAUACCAUGCUAUGGAAGCGUUGAAGCACUACGAAUCGUCAUCUGAAGAGGAACUUGAACCGCAUCACCAUACAACACCCGCAGACACUGACCCCCGGCAAAUUCUUCCAUCCCUAAGCUUAUACCUGCAGAAUUACAGUGUCAAUCAGCACAACAUGAAGGGCCUCUAUAUCAAUAUUCCUUGGAAACCGACUUUUUCAACCACUAAACAGUUGAAGGUAUUGUCACAAGGUGCCUUGAAGUAUUUGGAGCUCAACCAUUAUGACUUUUACCAGCGUUAUGACUGGAACAUUGUAGGUGACAAUAGAGCACCCCUAUCCAGCAAAGAUCCUUCAAAUAAUCUUCAUAUUACCCUAGUAUCCGAUAUCCAUGGUCGGCCAGAUCAAUUAUCCAAGUUUGUUGACUACUUCACAAAUGGAAUUAGGAAAAUGGCUAUAAGUCCAAGCCUACUUAAGGAAGAAAGUGUAAAUAAUGAUAGGCUUCAGGCUCUCAAUAAGAUCUUGAAGAAAUCCCCGUCUAAUGUACCACAGGAAAAGGCUGUCAAAUUGAAGUUCAAGCCAGAAUUGCACUUAUUCGGGAGCUCUACAUCCUCCGCUGUAUUUGUAGCUGGAAUCAUUGACGAUGACCCCGAUACCCUGAAUUUUUUUGGUGGCAUCAACCUAAUCGCCAAAGAUAUCUGUGAUCUACUAGAAAUCUCGGUACCCAAGGAGGUCUUCUCCACCACCUACCACGUGAGUCUAGUCAAGUCUUCUGAGCCGGUUUUAGUUGGUACUUCGGACCCUAGGUCUGAAUUAUCCAGUAUAACUGAAUCCUUGGUCCACAAUUUCGACAGUUCUGUUCUACAAAUGGUGCCCAUUGAGGUGAACACCAUUGAGGUGGACGAAAUUGACACCAAAAAAGUCACUUAUAGCAUACGUCUUAUAGAAUAAAUAAAUGCACCCGGUUCCAU